AUGUUGUAUCGUACUUAUAUUCUUGGUGAGGCCAACGCUCGUGCUGCCAACCAUCAAAUAGUUCGCGAAUGGCGAACGAUGGUUAGGGAGCGUGCCGACUGGGAGGCUUAUCGCGAGCGUAUGCUGAAACGUAUUGCUGAAUUCGAAAAAUCUAAAACCGCGUUUGGUGAGGAGAGAGCCAAGUUCGAGGCUGACAAGAAGGCUGAAGAGUGGGGCCGCGAGGGGCUGCAGAAAAAACUCCACAAUGUUGAGGAGCAACUGGCCAAGGAGAAGGCCGAGUUUAAGCGUAUAUGCGCCCAAGACAACGAUCGUGCUUAUGCGCUACGACAGAAGAUCGUUGAUCUUGAGGCUAAAGUUGCGGACUUGACCUCAAAGGUGGAGGAAGCGCAGGGUGAAAGAGCUGCCAAGCAGCAGAUGGAGGUUGAGCUGACUGAAGCCAAGGUGCAAUUGUCCAACAAGGACAAGGAUCUCCACGCCAAGGACGUUGAGAUUGCGGAACUCAAACGUCGCUUGAAUGAGCAAAUCGACAGAUGCGAGUCUUUGGAGAUUGACCUUGAGGCUGAGAAGGUCAAGGCUGCUGAUGCUGAGGAGGCGCGUGCUGUCAGCACUGCUGCGCUUAAUGUGGCCCAGACAAACUACUCUGAGGCUCAAGGUAUCGUCGAUACACUUGUCUCAGAAACGGAGUGGAUGCGCACUCGUGGAGUAGUGUUGGUUGCCAACUCCAUCCUAAAUGCGAACGAGCUAGAUCGCGCCGUAGCGGCUCUGACAGAUGCGGCGCGUGCGGUGGGUCAUCGGGGAGGCUACCUGGAGUGUGCUGAUCAUGUUGAGCAAAUGCUUGGGCAAGAAUUUGACACAAGUCAUUGCUCAGUGACAGAACAUGCCGAUGCUGCGCUGGCAAGUGCUGAAAAUUCCUAUGACAACCUCUCCUUGCCUAUCAUGGAGUUGGUUGUCGAAUCGUUAAAGAAAGACGACUGGUGCCAGCGUCUUAAGGCAAUCCUCGAUCCACCAGUUACCGUCGAGUUGUCCGACGAAGAGCCCGCCGGUGACGACGGUGAUGAUGAUGGCAAUGACGAUGAUGGUGAAGACGACGGAGACGAUGAUGAUGGUGAUGAUCGCCGCGAUGAAUAG